UUGCAGGCAGACAGGUGUUGGGGGGUUUCCAGAACUUCGUCAACAAUCAGCGACAGAGGAGAUCACUCAUAGCUGACUGCUAAAUCAUUUCCUGGAUUCGUCCUCUUUUUUCUGUUUCAAGGAUUUUGGGGCUUUGCUGCUACAAGAACAUGUCGCCCAUCCUUCUCAAAGUCAUCAGUAGUACACUAGCUUGGCUUCUUCUCUACUUGGGAUUUUGGUAUCAAAACAGGCAUCGCGGCGCAGAAUGGAGCUGUCGAAUUGUCACUUUCUUACACGGCUUGAUGGUCACUUUGCUUUCUGGCUAUGUUGUCUUCAUUGAUGGUCCCUGGCCGCUGACUCAUACAGGCCACCCCAACACGCCGCUCCAAGAGUUCGUCCUCUGUCUGUCGCUGGGCUAUUUCAUCUUCGACUUCUGCUGGGAAUUCCUUUUGGAGAGCAAGAACGACCUGAUGCUCUCUCACCACCUGCUCAGCAUGGGCGGCAUGUCGCUGGUUUUGGACACCGGCAAGUCGGGCCCCGAACUCAGCGCCAUCAUCUUCGUGAGCGAGAUCACCAACCCGUUCUUGCAAAUGCGUUGGUUCCUGCGAGACAGCGGGGGCUACGACAGCUUGGCUGGCGAUGUAGUGGACACCUUGUUUGUGGCUCUCUUCCUGGGGCUGCGGAUCGUCGGGGGCGCCUGGAUUAUGCCUUCCGUGAUGAAGUCCCCCAAGACGUACUGGACACUCAAGGGUGGAAUCCUAGCGAUGUACGGGGUAUCCUUCAUGUUUUUGAUGAAGAUCUUCAGCUUCUCCAGGAAGAAAAUCAACAAGAAAAUCCAGGCUUGGAAAAAUGGAAGAACCCGAAGAGAUCCCACCAAGUGUAGCCAACCUCUUCCGAACUUGGGUAUCCAGGGGUCUGUUGAACCCAACCUACAAGGAGCAAAUAGAUCUUGUUGA